AUGAAUUCCUACACUUGUUUUCUCGCUUUCUUCUCUAUCUUGCUUGUCUCUGUAAGCUGCAAUAACAUUAUCCAAGAAGCUUGUAACAAGGCUCUAAAGAGUGAUUCCCAACCCAAAGUAACCUUCAACUUCUGUGUUGGGAGUCUAGAGAAGCAUCCCAACGGCGAAAUGGCCAGAAGCUAUGAAGAUUUGGCUCCUAUCACGCUUCACAUAAUGAAAUCAGCAGCCAGACAUGUAAGCUUCAUCAUUUCCAAGAUGAUGAAGACCAAAAAUGUGGACAUUCAUACAAAAGCCGGCUUGGAAGUUUGCGUUCAACUUUACUCGCUUGCGGACUCCGAUGUCCAGAGAAUUAAUGGGUACUUAAAGGCUAAAGAUUAUUUUUCGGCUAAGACUGGUGCUAGCGGACUGGUUACUAGUUCGGUCACUUGUGAAGAUGUGUUCAAUGAGGGCAAAAAGACAGUAUCGCCAAUUGCAAAGGAGAACAACGAUUUCUGUCGCCUGGCAAUAAUGCUUCUUACCUUCAUACCUGACGCCAAAUCCGAAAAAUAA